AUGCCAUGGCGACGUCAGGAGGUCUUAUCGCGUACAAACUUGAAGUCGCCCAAUUACCCUCUACGCCGCUCUGUCGAUACUUCCACGAGUUACAGUACAUUCCGUACUAAAAACAUCAACAGUGACUUGUCCGGUGUAUUGCCUUUUCCAGUACUAGGUCUAUCAAUGCUAGCCGCUCGUAAGCGCUUGCUCGAGGCUAUUGAACGCAAGAUCCAAGAGAAAGAAGACUCGUCGAACCUUACGACGGAAUUUCGAGAUCCAUUCUCACUAUUGCUUGGUCUCUGUGCCUCCUGUCGGUUUGCUGAAGCUAUUAGACGUUUUGUUGAAGACGAGAAGGACCGCAUUUUAGCUGCAGUGGCUGAAGGACUGUUCCUAGUGGCCGCUGCCGUGGGAAAUGUCGUACUUAACAUGACGCAGAAGCGUCGUCAUCAUGCAGAAAUGGCUGAAAGAGUUCGAGUAGCAGUGAAGCAAAUGAUGAAAGACAGUGAUAAGAAGAAGAAGGAGGAGGAGGACCAAGCGCCACCCGCAUGGCUUGGUUGGGGAACCCAGCCGACUGUUCUCUUACCGUCCAAUAGCUACGUCACGUGCUACAGAGAUAGUCAGUGGCAACGAAUGCCGAUGAAUUUGCUGGUAGAAGGGGACAUUAUUGGUUUAAUGAGUGGAGACAUUGCACCGGGAGAAGUUCGACCGGUUGAGGUGGAAGAAAAUGAAGAACAGCAAGUGUAUCCGAGAGGAUGUAAAUUGCCGCCGUGGACCAGACGACAUGCAAAGGAUACGACCAGAUGUACGGCGACGUUUGAUCCACCGUUGCUGCUGGAGUUGUGCGGUGAGAUGCGAAUUUUUGAGGUGAUGGAGACACCGGUGGUGCGAGAUAUUGAAGAUGCUCUGUUUCACAUAAACAGACCCAUGACACCGACGCAGAAGCUGCAUGCACAAGCAAGGCGUGUGGCAGCGUAUAUUUGCAUGUCGUACACAGUUUUGGUGCUUGUAGCAAUUGGACUUCGUAUGGUUGUGCAGCAUCGGUCACUUGAUAUCACUCUUUCCCAUAUUCUCAUCGGGCCAAUGGGCGUUUGGAUGUGUUUUGCCUCACUCAAUACACCGUUGGUUUUGUUUGUUGCCGAGGCGGCUGCGACUGCGUCGAUUCUGGGCUCCUUCGACGACAUCUUGGUCCCAAAAGAACCUAAAAAUCAAACGCCGAAGGAAGCUGCAGAAAACAGCAUUGGUGAUUCUACUGAGACGCAAGUGCAAGAAAACACAGCGCAGGACAUAGAUAAAGACAGUUUAAAGGCAUGCAAGGCAAAAUCAAAUCAUGGUGCGCAUGUAUCUCGUAUCGAUAGCGCGAUGGCGUCAAUCUUGAAAGCGACAGCACUGUUCCCACCCGACAUCUAUGACGUUGAAGAUCGAGAAAGGCUACGCUCAGAAAAGGCCCAAAAGCAAUCUGCCGUUAUGCGAUCGCUUCAAUACUUUUUGGUUGUACUUCGGUUUCGUAUGAUGCGCUGUGACCUCGCGCAUGUAUCUGACCGGCGACAUCUACCAGUGCCGUUUCGCUCUUUUCGAUUGCUUGAGCGGUUGGGAAAUGUUACAAUGUUAUGCUGCUUCGACGACGACAUUCUAUGCGAGCAAACGCCGUCUGUGGAGGAGAUUUUUCUUCUAAACGAUAAACAGAACAACAACUCUACGGUUUUAGAUCUGCAUGCUGAGCGCCAUUGUGACACAGGACUAAAGUUUGAGGACCCAAAGUGGAAGCAGCACUUACCGUCGCUCAAGCCAAUUGGAUUAGCGAUCAUGGUAAACGACGACGAAGAUCCAGCGCGACACUACGAUGAGAACAUGCGCUAUCUGGUAAAUGAGGGGCUGUAUCCGGGUGAUGAUGGAGACACACGAGACCCAUACUUGCGAAGUUGCAUGCAGCGUCUAUCGGCUCACAUUCGGAUGUUGCCAUUUCCAAAGCAUUUGCUCAAUCUCUCUCGUGAAAUGGGCUUUUCGGUCGCUGAUGAUUUGACGAAGUUUCAACGACGGCAGUCCAUUCAUAUUAUUUGUCCUCGGCUUGCCCAUCAUGAACACACGAAUGACCAUCACGACCAAGGCCAAGAAGAUACACGAUAUCGAGGCAAUCUCAAGUCACACCUUUAUUCAACGGUAAUACUUGACAAGCGUUCACAUCGGCAUCAGUUAUUGUCGCGUGGCCACCCGACGGUUGUGCUGGCUCACUGCAGUGAAUAUUGGGAUGGUAAAUCGAUAUGUCCACUAACGAGUGAGAAACAACGUGCUAUUUUUGACAUGUAUAACCAGUGGCGAGUUGAGGAUCUGGAUUGCAUUGCAUUCUCGUACGUCCCUGUUCCUCACAAGCUAAACAAUCUCUUUACCCGUAAUGGUUCUAGCAGCAAUGGGAACAGUUUUCUCGACUCACCUAGUGUUGGCCCCACUCGCAGUGUACAGAGGGGAGCGACACUACCACCUGUGUAUCUUGUCGAUGAUAGCACAACCAGUGAACUGAGCUCACCACACUCGAGAGCUAGACAAAACAGUAUGCCAUUUUCUAGCCGCAUGAGUGAAGACCAGGGACAUGGACAUGAUGGCCAACGCCAUACGUAUUCUGUAGGGCAAGCAUCACCACUAGUGUCCCCAAAAUCAAUCGAUGAUUUGUCUAUAGAUCAGGAGUCAAUUUCUGAGGCGCAAGCAGCUAAGUCAAUGGGGGCUGUUCCAAGCGGGCAAGUGACACCAUCUUCCAGACGACGCGGGAACUUGGCGUCAAGUGAUCUUGAGCUGUCGGUGGGGUUACAGCCAUCCGACACGAGCUCCGUUGAGAAGGAGUCUAUGCUCUGGCGCAUUCAGGAUGACCAGAUCUUCCUGGGUAUGGUUGCGACAGGAGUCCAGCCAAAGCAACAUACCCCUGACUUUAUUGAAGAUCUGAACGCUUGCGGCAUUCGCUUUGUGUACUUCUCUCCACGUAACAUGCGCCGAAGCAAGCUACUUGCCGAGAAAAUGGGUAUCGAGACAGACUGGAAUUGUGCUAUAUCGCUGCGCUCACUUGACAGCGAUGGCCCCGACCCUCAUCGCAUGACUUCAAAUUACUCAGAUUGGGACGUGAAAGCUCGCUUGCCGCAUGGCGUAGACGCCAUCAAGCGACACCUGGAGGAAGUGGAUAACGUGCCAUUGUUGGUGUCUCUUUAUACAGACAGUACACCGGAAACAAUCAGCGAGAUGAUUUCUAUCUUUCAAGAAAACCACGAGGUAGUCAUGGGUGUUGGUUCGUCUUUGAAGGAAAGCAACGCACCUUUAUUCUCAAAAGCAGAUUUAGCGGUGGCAUUACAGGGUGGCGUCCAAGCAUUUUUUGACAAGCCAAUUCCUCAUGGAAAAGAGCUAUCUAUUUUCUCAGACGAUGACAUUCAGUUUAGUCAUAUUCUAAACACCCUCGCGUGUGCCUUCCGCCUGAAGAGUGCCCCAGACGUGUCGCAUGACACUGACAGCAACGACGAUACCAUUUCAGGCGGAACAGCUAGUGUGGCCCAUCUGAUCGAACUCAUUCGGUUGGGACGGCGCAUGCUUACGAAUUUCAACCAGAUGAACACAUUUAUCUUCGUAUCUCAGCAUUUAAUCGCCACGAUCAUCCUUGCCUCAUAUGCUGUACCUUUCCCGCAUGUGCCGCAACUGAGCUGCUCGUCGAUUUUCUGGCUCUUGUGGGUAUUGGUACCGGCGCUCAGCCUCUCUAUGCUUGCAACGGCAAGCGAGAAGGACAUCAUGAAAAAGACCCCGCGCAAGAAUGAAGAAUAUGAUAUGGAGGAUGAUCUGCCGCGGUUGGUCACCUAUUUUGUGUGCCGUCAUGUGCCGUCAGUGUUGUUAUCAAUCGCCGUGUUUGAGUGCUUGCUUGGUUUCUCUCUUCAAGCGUCAAGUAUUUCCGAUCCACGUGCAUUCGAAAACGAGAGAUUCCAUAAUUUCCGAUGGAUGAAUUUCAUAUUCGACAACGAACUGUUGACGGUAAGGCCACGGCCGGCUAUUGUUGCUGCUGCAGUGGAUCGCGCUGAAGCCGGUAUGCUGCUAUCGAUUGGCAUUUGUAUUGUGACCUCGUCGUGUGGGUACCUGUACCGAUGCGAGAGCAUAUUUAAAGUUUCUCCAUUCCGAAACAUCAUGUGGGUGGCCGUAGCGUUCUUGCUGUUGUGCUUGCAGCUUCUGGUCAGCACUCUCCGUGCGGGAAUCGUUGGUGCCGAUGGAAUCAUCCUCUGGCAUUUUGCGAGCCAGUCAGUUCCUCGGGUCUUCUGGGUUGUAUCUUUGGGCGUGUGGCCACUGAUUAUAAUUUGCGUUGACGAAGUAUUGAAGACGCAUGACAAACGGCACCUUGUGCGCUACAACAAGUUCCUUCGGAUGCAGUUUGACACGCGACUUGGAAUGUGGAGCCCGAAAUAA